AACGGGAGGGAGGACGGCAACAAGAACGGGAGGGAGGACGGAAACAAGAACUGGAGGGAGUACAGCAACAAGGGCGGAAAUAAGGACGGGAAAAAGUACAGGAGGGAGUACGGCAACAAGGAUGGGAAGGAGUACGGAAACAAGGACGGGAGGGAGAACGGCAACAAUGACGAAAAGGAGUAUAGGAAAGGCUACAGAGAAGAUCAUGGAAAUGACUACAAAGGCAAGAGCGAGUACGAAGGCGGCAAAUACGAAGGCGGCAAAGAGGGCUACGCCUGA